AUUGAUCUGUUAUAGAUGUCGCUUGUGGAUCUGGGAAAGAGGCUGCUGGAGGCAGCCCGGAAAGGUCAGGACGACGAGGUCCGAAACCUGAUGGCCAAUGGAGCGCCGUUCACCACCGACUGGUUGGGGACAUCCCCCCUCCACCUGGCAGCUCAGCACGGCCACUACUCCACCGCAGACGUCCUGCUGAGAGCUGGCGUCAGCAGAGACGCCCGUACAAAAGUGGACAGGACCCCUCUGCAUAUGGCAGCUGCCGAGGGACACACAGUCAUCGUAGAGCUGCUGAUCAGGAGCGGUGCAGACAUCAAUGCCAAAGACAUGCUGAAGAUGACGGCUCUUCAUUGGGCUGCGCAGCACGGACACCACAGCGUGUGCGAGACCCUCAUCAAACACGGUGCUGACGUACAUGCGCGCAGUAAAUUUGACAAGACACCAUUUGACAUCGCAGCGGACAUCCAGAACACUGAGCUGAUGCUGCUGCUGCAGGAGGGCAUGCAGAACCAGGUUAACAUGAACCAGGUGAGCAUGAAUGUUGAGACAACCAGUACCACCAACCAUCCACAGUUCAUCAUCCAGGGAAUACCUGCUAUCCAAGGAGGGGUGGUGAACCUGGCGGAGCUGCUCAAUAAGGCAAACGCAGGAGAAUCGGAAGAGGCGAUGGCUGCCAGUGCUCUGGACUCCAACAUCCAGCAUGCCACAGUGGUCAAUGAGAGCGGCCAGAGGGUCAUCACCAUUGUAACGGACCAGCACGGCAACCUUCAGACUACAGGAGGGAUGUCCCAGCCGUUUUUUGUCACGAUGCAACACGGACAGCAGAUGCUUGCAGUGCCAGCCAACACGGUGACAGAGGAGGUGGUAACAGAGGAGCCUCAGCCUCCACCUUCCAGGAAGAGGAAGCUGGAGGUGACCAACAACCACAAUGACACAGGAGAAACUGAGUUGCUCCAGAGACAACUGCUGGAAGCUAAUAGGAAGGCUCAGGAGUAUCGCCAGCAGCUCCUACGUAAGGAGCAGGAAGCCGAGGAGUACCGCAUAAAGCUGGAAGCCAUGGCUCAAAGUCAGGCCAACACCAGCAAUGGCAACACCGUUGUCAGCGCUGGCGCUAAUGCCGCCAGCCCAGAGGAGGUGGUGGGAGGGGAGGAUGAGGAGGAGGGGGCUGCCGGCGUGGUGGAAGAGGAGGGAGAGAUGGUGGUGCUGCAGGAGGGAGGCAUCAUCAUGGAAGGGGAGGAAGGUCAGGUGACGCUGGUGGAGACGGGCGGAGAGGCGACACAGGUCAGCUCCUAACAUAGAAGGAGGAUGAAGAGCGGGGAGACGCAUCAUAACAGGAGGUGGCUGAUUAGACUCAUACGUUUAACUGAGACAGAAGGGGAGGAGCUGACUCACUGCAAGGAUACAGUGUUCUGAUUAACCUCAAACAUAUGAGGCAAAAUGGAUUCCUUACAGAGAAACUCAGAGAAGAAAGACAGACCGACUACGACGUGCUCCAGCUCUGCAUCAUUUUAAAUCCCAGAAUGAUCUGAGGCUAACAGAUCAGAUCGAUGUGUGCGGACAUGAUGGACAACUUCAGUCAACUCGCUUGUUCCUUUUUCCUGAACGCCUCCUUCAGCGGGCUUUGAUGUGGUCCAAAGGAAAGGGAACGGUGCAUGAACUGUGAAGGACCUUCGUAUAAUGGUUUGCUUUAGUUUGUCAUCCGCCUGCGAACAAUAAUCUAGACAGUAAUGUGAGGAGAUGUCGGGACGAUCCUGCAUGAAGACAAAAUUUCUGUUACCUGAAGAUUGCUAUAGCAACAUUCUGCUCCUUAUUUGAAAUGUGACACAGCAGAAACCUAGAUUUAUAGUUUGUCCUAAUGACAGAUUGUCCUUACUUCCUGUUUGAAGGCCAAUAACUGCCCAUUUAUGUUUUUUACACAUAUUAUGUUCAGUUUUUGUGUGAGUCGUUUAAUUUAGUGAAGUCAGUUUAUCUUGUGUAAUGGCGCCAUAACUGAACGAGUUGUUAGUCUGGGACGUCCUCUCUAGAAAACACACAUAGUUCCUUUUUUAGUAUUGGGACACUACAGUGAUUCCUUCUGAACUGAGUUCCAUUAUUGUAUUUCAUUUCAGUGAUGUUUAUAACUAGCUCUGUUUUUUCCAUCCCUUCCGAGGUGAUUUUGUCAUAUUUAAUAGCCGUGUCUCAUGAUCCUUUAGGGAUUGAUUACGAUUCGGGCAGCAUUUCCCUCCUGCUUCACAACCUCUAUUCUAAUAUCAAGCAGAAAGGCGGAAUAGCCCCGGUUUAAUUCUGUAACAAGCGGUGGGAAUGAUUUCUGGGACACAGCACUUCUCCUUCUGGUUCAUUUCCAACUCGUGUGUUUUAAUCAGUCCCACAGUCCUGGUUUCACCAAAUCCAGAUCUAUCAUUCAAUCCAUAAUUCUCUUUUGCGAUGUUAUUAUUUAGAGCCAAAUUUGUUUGCACCAUCAAGUAGCUAUAAAUUCAUUUCAUCUAAUGGUGCCAAGAUGUAGAACUUAGCAGUUAUACAGUUAUUCUAUUACAUGUUUUGGCUAGUAAAGAAAUCUGUUCAUUUUAAGUCCAAGAUGACCAAUUAAAAUAUUUUAUCAAACCUAAAGUUAUUCAGCUUAUAAAAAAUUCCUCUCUGCAGUAGACCAACAAAUUGUCUCUUUAAUGGUCUACACAUCAUUUUCUAAAAGCGGACCAUUCACAAAAUAACUCCAAGGUCGAGGUGUAUGUUAAAGGUGAUACCAUAUCAGUUGUUUCGCAGAAAAGGUUAUGUUUAUCCCUGGAAAGCUGAAAAAUACUUGAUGUUGUCCCUUUGUCCGUGCAUUCUCCAUCUUAUCUUGGAUCUGUAUGCAGUUUUGCGAUGUUGUCUGCAGUUCUUCAGGUUUGGAACCAACUCUUUGAUAAAUAGCGGCACAGUGUUUCUGUUGGCUUGUUAGGACCUCCACACAAGAUGCAUGACUUUUUGAGGCUUCAGAGGGACUGGAUGGGAGAGGAAACAUUUAUAGGUGGUGUUAACUUGAUUAAUUUGACGUUGUUGGAGCGGUUUGUGGGAAACUCCUUUCAGCAGACCGAUCAAUUUGUUGUGAUUUGCACUGACAUUGUUUUUUAUUAGAGAUGCACCAAUCAGGCUUUUCCUGGCCUGUAUUGUAUUCCAUUUUUCUUUGAGGUGUGACUAGAUUCCUCCCCUUAAUGACUUUGACCAAUAGAAAUGUUACUGAACUUAUACAAAAUUGAUCCAAUUACCUGCUCUUGGUUCUAUACCAAACAUUUAAACUUUUCAGUAUUUGAUCUGCUGAUUAUACCAAUUAGGGAAAAAUUGGCCAUUGCCGAUCUUUAUCCCAUUGAUUGGUGCAUCUCUAUGUGAAAUCUGUCCAAAACCGAACUCUGUCAGUUCAUCAGCUUUCUCUCAGCUCAUUUGAGAGUUACAUCUACAGAUGUUUCCUGCCAAAAACUGAAGCAGAACCACCCGUUUAUGACCGUCCGGUUUGUAAGAAAAAAACGCUGAUGUGAAACAAUCCUGCAGAAAAAUGCUAAUAUUCUCAUUCUGACCUGUCUUGACGUUUUGUGGCAAAAAAACAAACAAUCUUACUCUGAAUCCAAUCACAAUAGAGAAAUACAUUUAUUGUAAGCAGUAAAAACUGACAGCAGGUUCCAGGAGUUAAACACGGACGUAAAAUUUGAGAGCAGUCUACAGUUUACUGUUAUGUUGGAGGUGAAUCCCCUGAAGUCAAACACAUGCUCCUCUGAGGACAUCUUGUUGGUCCAUUUUGUGUUACUGAACUUCACCGUGCUCAGAUCGAUCACACGUAUUCUCUCAGCUGUCCCUCACCACCUCUUCCUUCUUUCUCCUGAAACUAGCUGUUGUUUGUGUUAUAGUUAUUUUUAUAAGCUUUGCAAAACCAACCCUUUUCUAUGUACAUACAAAGUUGUAUUUUUUUAACUUUACCUAAUGGCUUCUCUGUGACGAUGAUGAUGAUGAUGGCUGCCUCAAUCUAAAUAUAAACUUCUUUUUCUUAAAGAA